GCGUUGUAAUUUCAAACGGGUGUGAGGAAAGGAACAACCUCGGAUUAUCUGUUUACACAGCCCGCGAUAGCUCAAUAAGCGACUUUAUUUUUCGAUAAGUAUAGCGUGCGUAUUUAAUAUAGCUAGCAAAUGCAUUCAGUUAAUUAAAAGUAAACUCUCAUGUAUUUGUAGGAAUAAUGAAAACGGCUUUAUAGUCGUUGGACGCACCGUAAUCUUUCAAUGAGUUCUCACAUCGUCACCCCGGGUCCAUACAGGGCCACUAAACUGUGGAAUGAAGUGACCAAGCUUUUCCGAGCCGGGAUGCCUUUGAAAAAGCACCGGCAGCACUUUAGAGUUUACACGAACUGCUUCACCGCAUCCACCGCUGUGGACUGGUUACAUGAACUCUUGAAAAACAACAGCAAUUUUGGACCAGAUGUCACCCGACAGCAGACAGUCCAGCUGCUGAAAAAGUUUUUGAAGAACCAUGUUAUUGAGGAUGUGAAGGGUAGAUGGGGCAUGGAGGACCUGGAGGACAACAGCCAACUAUACAGGUUUCCAUCAACAUCUCCUCUGAAGCCUAUUCCUAACCGUCCCACUGUUAUGAGGAGAAAGAGCUUAUCCAUGAUGGACAGGGAGAGUUUCUUCAAGUUCAGGGGCUCGAAGAAAUUUGAUAAAGAAACAUUGGAAAAUGUGGAUCCAGAAACACAAGAGUCUCCUGUGGGAUCGUCCUCAGGUGAGACGGAGCGCAGUAGGGAGCUCACAGAGGAUGAUAUUCAUGUGAUCUGGAAGAAUGUGACACUUACACAUUUGCAGAAGUUGGUGGGAUCUGCUUCUCUGGAAGGCGUUUUGGAUCCAGCCAAGGUCAAUCCUCAGUUCAUUGUGUAUAAUAUGACCAAAGUCAAUAAACAUGGAGUCGUUUCAUUGGAGGAUAAAACAGAAGAUUUACCGCACUGGGUAUUGUCUGCUAUGAAAUGUCUAGCAAACUGGCCAAAGUAUGACUCAGACCAGCCGACUUACCUAGGAUUUGAGCGGGAUGUGUUUAAAACGGUCUCAGACUACUUCUACAGUCUUCCUCAGCCACUGCUCACUUAUCAGUAUUACGAACUCUUUGUCAACAUCCUGGUUAUGUGUGGCUACAUCACGACUCCUAAAUCCCAACCUGGAAAGCGUAAAAACCAGGAGGAGCCAAACUGCCCACAGCCUGCCAAAAACCCAUAUGUGAACCCAGCCAACCUGUUCAGGUCCACCGAAUGCCUACUGCUCAGCUUAAUAAGAAAAGAGGCCAUCGAUGAAGCCGAUUCGCCCAUGAAGGAAGUUUUCAGUUCAAAAACAGAGACCAAGUUAGAAACCCGUAGAGUUUUUAGAGGUAGAAGGGUCAGCGAUGGAGACAGGCUGGAUGGUAGCUAUCUAGAUGUUUCUCAGGCCCACAAAACAGAUGUCCCAUAUGGCAGGCUUCGUCCCAGAAGUUGUUCACUGGAGGGAAACAUUAAUAACUGUGCCAAAAACAGACUUUUUAGGUCGUCUGAAAGCCUCGAGUCCUGUAGCAGUGAUAAAUCAAACCCUGAAACUGAUUCUCCAUUAGAACCAAACCUCCAGAGUUCCUUGGUAUCCAUAAACACUUCCGGCAGCAGCGUGAGCUCCCAACUUUCAGCAGAUCUGCGGCGAAACAACUCGAGACCUGCCAGAGCCCGGCCCAGAAGCAUUGGUAACUUGUUUGAUAUAGAGGAGAAUAGAGAAAUGUCUGCUAGCAGCUUUAGUGUUCAUGCACCCGUGGCUGAAAUUACUAUGAGACCUGACUCCACAUCCAGUGUUGGCUUCAGAGGUCUCGGUUUGUCCAGUUUGCAUGGAAGUUGCGUGGAUGUUAGAACAGGUCCAAGCUUUAGCAGACGCUGUCAGAGCUCUCUGGACCUGAGCAAACCUGCACCCGCUCGGCCUCCUUCAGCCCUGUUAACACACCAGCCUGAGCAAAGUUUAUUACAGCCGUCACUGGAGCAGGUGGCCGUCGAGGCUCUUCAGCUCUGCACGUUACUCUUGCCUCCCGUCAGCCGCCGCAAACUCCAGCUGCUCUUGCGGAUGAUCUCACGCAUGAGCCAGAACGUGGACAUGCCACGGUUACACGACGUCAUCGGAACACGCACUCUGUUGGUGCAGACGUUCUCCAGGUGUGUGUUGAGCUGUGAGGAGGUGGACGAUCUGGAUGAGCUCUUGGCUACGAGGCUGUUGUCUUUUCUCAUGGAUCACCAUCAGGAAGUCCUGCAGGUGCCUGUCUAUCUGCGCAAUGCUGUGGAAGAUCACAUCAACUAUCUCAAGUCACUGAGCUCGUGUCCUGGCUCUGCUGGUCCUAUACCAUCAUACUCGUUCUGCAGGCAGAUCAGCUGUCAGGAGUUUGAGCAGCAGAAGCUGUCAGUGUCUCAGUCUGCUCUGGCUGACCUGCUGGAGAACAUCAUCAAAGACAAGAGCAUGUCUGUCAAAGAGAAGAAAAAGAAGAUUAAACUGUUUCAGAAGGAAUAUCCUGACAUUUACUCCAGACGUUUUCCCACAACAGAGAGUGAAACUCAGCUUUUUGCAGACAAACCAAAGAUAAAGCCGCCAAUGCUUUUAAGCAUCAAAAAAGCCAAAACCUUCAGUAUUCGAAACUGAAUACCUCUUAAAAUCCUCCUUUUUGAAUGAUGUUUGAGUAAACUGGCUGACACUUGAUCACAUCAAUAUAACUGUAACUUCAGUUGAAGUGUUGUUUUUAGUUUCUUGUGGGAUUUUCCUUUGAGUGAAGUAUUUUUAUUCUGUUUUUUUUUCUGUUUCAGUAGAGACGUCUGUCAGUUUUAAUGUUAUUUAUUUAAGAUGUGAUUGGUUGUAAGUUUUAGAUUUUCAUAGUGUCAAAGUAUAUCCAAACCCCACAGUAAAUAUAUGCAAAGAAACCUAACAUACUGUUUACAUGGAAAAAUGAAGAUUUCAUAUUUAAA